CGCAAUUCACGGGAAAGCAAAGAAUUUUCCUCUUCUCAAGUGAUUCGGAAGCGACAAACACGAGCCUCAAGAUACCACGAAAACGCAGACGGAACAGGGCACAUAAUAGGAGCACAGAGAAAAUGACUGCGGAAGCUGCGAAAGACGUUGAAGACAACGAAAUGUCGGAAAAGUCGCGCAUUGACAUUGAAAGUUAUCGCAAAUUAGUUCAGAAUUACAUUCAAGUUAGACGACACAAAACGGCAUUAUUUUGGGCGGAAAAAGCUUCGGCAUUGUCGAAUUUUGAAGUAAAAGAUGUCUAUUGGCAAGCACAAUGUAUGUUUUUGUUGAAGGAAUAUCAUCGAGCAGCAUCGUUGAUUCGAUAUUAUGGAUUUGAGAAGUCAGAUGUGUUGUGUUUGUACCUUUUGGCGGAGUGUUUGUACGAAGCGAAGGAAUAUCAAGAGGGAUUAGAUGUUCUAAUGAGUGCAGAAAUUGAAGAUUUGGGACUUACAACAACAACUGUCGAGCAGGAAGGGACUUUGAUUCAUUUGACGGCGAAUGAAGAGAACAAAAAUGAAUUGCUGGCCUCAAUUUGUUACAUUAAAGGAAAAAUCCUCGAAGCAAUGGAUAAUCGUAACUUGGCAAUGGAUUCCUACGUUCAAGCUUUGCAAAAAUCCGUUCAUUGUUACGAAGCUUUGGAUGCUCUCGUGCAACAUGAGAUGCUUAUGGCAUGGGAAGAACGAGUUUUACUCGAUAAACUUCCGAUAAUCGAACAAUGCGCCGACGGCGAAGACAAAAUCCUGCGAAAAUUGUACGAAAGCAAACUCAAAAAGUACUCAGAUUCGGUCGUGCCUCAAACAAAUGCCGAAAUCACGCCUGUCGCGAAGAAAUUGAGCACAACUCUCAUCAACGAACUCACGGAAAAGAUGAAAAACAGUCGAAAUGUCACAGAUCCCAAGGCUUCGACGAUCAAAAGUAACGCGAAAUGCUUCACGCCGGUAUCAGCAAAUGUCGCAACGCCCAAUUCGAACAAAAUGUUGGGAGAUUUCAAGAGUACGCCAUCGUAUUCGAUCCAUAAUAGUCUUUUGAAAGUGUCGAAAAGUACCCCAGAUUCUGCUUCGAGUCAUAAAAAGAGCACAAAACGUUCUUUGUUGACAGCAAUAAGUCUUCAGACGGCAUUAACGCGCCUCAACCAAAGUGUCGACGUGAUGUCAGCUCAAGCGGAGAAGCUUUUCUACAAUGGAGAAUACAAAAAAUCGUUAAAAGUGAUCGAUGACAUCCUAAAACGGGAUAUUUAUCAUACACGUUCGCUUACUGUCAAGAUCGAAUGUUUGAUGGAACUCAAAGAAACAACGGCUUUGUUCUAUUUGGCGCAUCGUUUGAUCGAUUUGUACCCCGAUGAAGCGAUUGCUUGGUAUGCCGUUGGCUGUUAUUACGAUUUAAUUGGGAAAAGUGAUCAAGCACGACGUUAUUUGUCGAAGGCAACAUCGUUAGAUCGCUUAUUUGGACCUGCUUGGCUCGCAUAUGGACAUUCCUUCGCCAAAGAGAACGAACAUGAUCAAGCUAUGGCGGCAUAUUUCAAGGCGACACAGUUGAUGCGUGGAUGUCAUUUGCCUCUUUUGUACAUCGGAGUCGAAUGCGGCCUCACGAAAAACUUGGAAAUGGCGGAAAAGUUCUUUUUCCAAGCCAUGAACAUUGCUCCGUUGGAUGUUUUCGUGUUAUUCGAACUCGGAGUCAUCAAAUUCGAAUACGAAUUAUACGAAAGUGCUGAAGAAAUUUUUCGCACAACUUUGGGAAUGGUAACGGAAAUGGCGCACACGAAUGGCGAAUCGAUUUCGUCGCGUUGGGAGCCUCUGUUGAAUAAUCUCGGGCAUUGUUGUCGCAAAAAUAAGAAAUACGAAGAAGCUUUGGAGUUUCAUCGACGUGCUUUGAUCCUCAAACCGUUGUCAGCAAGCACAUAUACGGCAUUCGGAUUUUGUCAGGCACUGAUGGGACGUUUAGAAGAUGCGGUUGAGUCAUUCCACAAAAGUUUGUCGCUCAAGAGAGAUGAUGUCGUUACAACAACAAUUCUCAAGCAAGUUAUCGAAGAUCUCAUUGAACGUGAUAAUUUUGUUGGAGGACUCAUGUAUGAUGAUAUUCAAGCGAAAGAAACGAGUAUGGUGACUGCUGAUGAGACAUCAACUCCCACAAAUCGGCUAAAUUGCGUAAAACUCAUUAGAUUUGAUGAUGACUCGAAUGCUUCACAAACUUCCGAUAAUGUUGAUAUGAGCAUCGAUUAUUAGUUUUAAACUUUUUUUUUGUUAAAUAAAAUCUGAAAUAAA